AUGGAAGCGAUGGAAGCAAUGGAAGCAGUGAUGCACCGUUAUAAUCGACUUAUUCGACCGGUUUAUAACAACAGUGAUAAACUGACGGUUAAGAUGGGAUUAAAAUUAUCACAACUCAUAGAUGUGAAUCUUAAAAAUCAAAUAAUGACAACAAACGUAUGGGUUAAUCAGGAAUGGAUGGACCAUAAGUUGAAAUGGGAUCCCGAGGAAUAUGGCGGUGUAUCGCAACUGUAUGUACCGGCAGAGGAGAUCUGGUUACCAGAUAUUAAAUUCUUGAAAUGGGAUCCCGAGGAAUAUGGCGGUGUAUCGCAACUGUAUGUACCGGCAGAGGAGAUCUGGUUACCAGAUAUUGUUCUCUACAAUAAUGCUGAUGGCAAUUAUGAGGUGACAAUAAUGACAAAAGCAAUAAUUCACGACAACGGGAAAGUAGUUUGGAAUCCACCGGCAAUUUAUAAAAGUUCAUGUAAUAUAGAUAUAAAUUACUUCCCAUUUGAUCAGCAGGAAUGCUUUAUGAAAUUCGGGAGCUGGACGUGGAUCUAAAACAUAUGAAUACAAUUGAUACGAUAGACUCAGAUGCAGAGAGUGUAGUUGAUUAUGGGAUGGAUUUAUCGGAAUUCUAUAUCAAUGUCGAGUGGGAUAUCAUGACAGUGCCGGCCAUGAAGAGGAUUAAGUAUUAUAGCUGUUGUCCCGAACCCUAUAUUGACGUCACUUUCAAUAUUACUCUCCGAAGAAAGACAUUGUUUUAUACGGUAAAUCUCAUCAUUCCUUGUGUCGGCAUAUCAUGUCUUUCAGUACUCGUCUUUUAUUUGCCCUCAGAUUCCGGAGAAAAGGUGACUCUAUCGGUGUCUAUCAUGCUUUCCCUCACUUUCUUCUUCCUCGUCUUACUCGAAACUAUUCCCUCGACUUCGUUAACAAUGCCUUUAUUAGGCAAAUACUUAGUGUUCACAAUGGUUUUGGUCACCUGUUCAGAGUGGUCGUAACAAUACUUGUGCUAAAUAUACAUUUCCGAUCUCCGUCUACACAUCGGAUGGCGCCGUGGGUUCGCAAAGUUUUUAUUAGAAUUCUUCCAAAACUCCUACUCAUGAGGCCUCCACAAUACAAACUUGAAAAUAAUGAUGAUAUUAAACCAAACAAUGGAAAGGCAGCUACAGAUUUGGCUAAUCUGUUAGACCCAUCUAACUGUGCUAACUGUGCGCCAAUUAAGUCUGACCCCUAUAUGAUCAAAGAUUUCAAAUGUGCAAAAAUGCGGGCAUUAGUUCCCCAGCAAACAAAUAUAUUCCCGACCUCUGGUUCCGGAGAAGAGCUCAUUAUACAGGACUUGGACGCUAGUCCUGUCCUACCAUUUUUUGAACCACUCACUAGUUAUUAUCCAAAAGAAGUCGAUCAAGUCAUACAUAAUGCCAUGUUUAUUGCUCUUAAUACAGACAAUGCCGAUGAAUUUAAAAGUAUUCAAGAAGACUGGAAAUACGUUGCAAUGGUUUUGGACAGGUUAUUUCUAUGGAUAUUUACAGCUGCUUGUGUGAUUGGGUCAGUCACAAUUCUGCUGUUGGCCCCUGCAAUAUAUGAUACGAGCAUUCCUAUCGACACAUUCUAUUCAAAAAUAGCCAAAAAUCAGUUUGAUUUUGAG